CAGCCAAUUAGAUCAAAGUAAGUAUCACGUGGUUUAAAACAACGCCAGCAAUCCGGCGGGAAGUUUGGUCGUCUGCGUACCCAUAUUACCUCAGCAUUUUGUAAAUAAAGACACGAGUUAAAAAACAUACCAUAAUGCCAGGAGAAAAGGAAACUACAACUGAGGAAGUUCAGGCUUCUGAAACCACAGAGACUAAAACAAAGGAAGUCAAAGAAGUAGAAAAAACGGACGAGAAAGAAGAGACAAAAGAAGAAAAGACAGAGGAGAAAACUGAAGAUACUGAAGAUACAAAGACAGAAUCAGAGGAGAAGACAGAUGAAAAUGGUGAAAAGAAAGAAGACUCAAAUCAAAAUGCAAAUACAGAUGAGACCUCGGAAAAGAGAACUUCAGAAGAGGAUUCAGAGGAGGCCAGUCCGACCAAAAAAGUGAAAAAAGACGAGGCAGCAGAAGGUGAACAGCCGCAAGUGGAGGCAGCAUCAGCCUAGAUCUCUUCAUUACAUUUCAUUUCAUCUGAACUGUAUCAAAUCAUGUUUUUAUAUGUUGUCUUGUAUUUUUAAGAUCAUACCCAUGUUAUACUUAUUUAAGGAUCAAGUGGAAGGACAGUAAUUGUUUCAACAUUUUUACGUUGGUGUUAAUGACAGUAAAUAUAGUCUAGUUAUGGUA